AGAAUUUCGUCGAAGAAAGAGAUCAUUCGUGUACCGAUAAAUCGUCCAAAAUGGAAAGGAAUGAAAAAGACAAAAAUACUGAUGGCCUCUUAACGCAAAACACACAAAGUUUAGAACAAAAAUUUGACAAUUUUACACGUUUUGUCGUACGGAAACUUAUAAAUUUGGAGUUUCAAUGUAAUGACAUUGCAAAAAACAUCAAAGCGCUUGAAAAUCGUAUUGUGGAAAACGUUGGAAAUUUUAAUGUUGAGGAAGAAGAAAAAGAAAGUAUUGAUAUUUUUGAAUAUUUGCCUCUGAAAGACGAAUACGAUUUAAAAUCAACGGAAACAAAAUUAAAAGAUAAUUCAUGGUACAAGAGUCAAGUGAUACAUACAGAUGCAACGGAUGAUGAAAUCGCAGCUCCCGUAAAAAUAUGGUUAGCACAUGCCAAAGAACGCUUGCAGAAAGGCCAGAAGGAAACAGACGAGACACAUGCAUCCCAGUGA